ACAGCGAAAACAGCAACUCUCAACAUGGCCAAGGCAGCCAGGAUUUUGAAGAUGGGCUACCUCGAGAUGAAGCUACCACAGAAAAAGGGCACCUGGCAGUUGAAGUGGUGUAUCUUCUGUAUCCUUGAUGACAACUCCACCUCCUUCCUAGACUACUUCUCUAACGAAGAGUCCUUUCGCAAGGGGGGGAAAGUCGCCAGCAUACGCCUAGAUGCCAAAGACAAGCUCUCUGUGGUAAUGGACCAGAAGAUGAAACAAAACUGCCUGAUGGUAGACAACGACAAGGGCCCGUUUGGUUUCUACCAUAAGGACCCGAUGCAGAUGGCCCAAUGGCAGAAGGUGUUUCUUUUCUGCCUGACUCCAGGAGAAGGAGUGGACAUGUCCCAGAUGGGUGCAGGUCCUGGCACACCGCUGCCCCCUCUACCCCCCACAGGAGACAGCGAUGGUGCUCCCCCAGUCCCACCCAUCCCCCCAGGACACCCAAUGAACGCCCCCCGGCUCCCAGGGGCCCCGUCCCCACCCCCCUACCCCGGGAAUCAGCCCCUCCCUGCUGCUCUGUCUGGAAUGCCCCUUCCCCCCCUCCCCACCGUAUCCAUGAGUGGACCCCCCCUGCCACCACUGCCCAUCUCCGAGCACAACUAUGAAGAGGGUGUUAUAUCUGCUAUGUUCAAAGUGGCUGUGGAGGACACCAUCGACUCCAAGCGGCUGGGCCUGUCAGGGGAAUACAUCCUCGUCAUCUCUCCUGAGGAGAUCGUGGUGAUGGAGCGGAAACAGGGCAAGGAGGGGAAAGUUGAGGAGAAGGAGGUUUUGACCUGGAAGCUGACUACCUUGCGUCGCUUCUUCAUGACUGUUAUCCCAGGGGAGAAGAGUGACCAACUGCUGUCUAUUGAGUCUGGCAGGCGCUCCAGCACAGGCCCGGGAGUGUUUCAGUUCUUCACAGCUGAAGGCGACGAGCUCUACUCCUGCAUCCGUCAAUGUGCCAUCAAAGGCCUGGAGAUGAUCAAGGCAAGGAAGGCUGCCAUGGGGGGAUCCGGUGGCCAGCCACAGUCACCCCCACCACCAUCACCACAGCAGGCUGGGCCACCGGGACCGAGGCCGCCAGGCCCACCCGGGCCAAGACAGCCUGGCCCGCCCGGGCCAAGGCAACCGGGCCCACCAGGGCCAAGGCAGCAGGGGCCACCAGGGCCUAGGCAGGCUGGCCCGGGGAAGCCCCAACCGCCACCCACUGCUCAGGGACCUCCCACCAGCCCACGAGGCCCGGCCCCCAACAACAACGAACAGCAAGCAAACGCAAACACGGCCAAUCAGAAGGCAGCACCACCCAAACAAGCCGCGGAGGCACCCCCACCACCCAAGGCACUAGACAGGGCAGAGGAGCUCAAGGCUAAAGGAGUGAUCAUCGACGAUGGCAUGAACCCGGUAUAUGGACAAGGUUUGGAGCCAAUACCCCCUGCAGAGGAUGAAGAUGAUCAGAAAGACAAGGGGGGCAAGACUGACCACAUCAAGCCUCCCAUGGGACACAUGCGCAACGCCAGUAACGUCAGCAACCUCAGCUUUGACCUUGACCCAGAGUUCGUGGCCAAGGCCAACCUGGUGACCGCCAACUGUAAGACUGAGGAGGACCUGGACGGUCUGGAGCAGGAGUUCGACCUGAUGAAGUUGUUGCAGUCCAGCGUGAACUCUAUUGAGAAAGACUGCUACCAGGGCUCCAAAUAACCACCUUCAUAACUACUAAUUCACAUGAUGUAAAGUACAUUCUUUAGAGCUACAAAGAUGUGUGUGAUGAUAUAAUUGACUUCAUGAGACCAUUUGUAGACAGUUUUUGAUAGUAGGGAAGGAAAAAAAUGAACUUUUGACCACCAUUGAGAGAGAUUGCUACCAGGGCUCAAAAUAACCACCUGUUACUGAGCUUUUUUAUCUGCCGCCAUGUUGGUGUCCCUAUUUGCAUGUCAGAAAAUCACAGCUCAAGCAUUUUUGGACAUUUAAAGAACAUUUAAGUCUUUCUGACCUUGUUACAUAUAUAUAUACAGCUCAAAGAGGAGAAUAUCAAAAUCAUACUGUCUAGUAGACAGAAACAACUUGCCACAAAAAUGUGUGCACUUGAGCUACGAUCCACUGAAACAGGGACUUCAACAUGUCAGUGAGCCCCUACCUGCUUUGUUGAUGUAAGAAUACUCAUUUGCAGAGGACUGUGAGGAAUGCAGGUAAACAUACAUACAAUUUACUUAAAAUUAUGCGGGCGAAAAAAGGCUUAGAUCUUGAAUCACAUGUAGCAGUGAAGAAAAGCGUAUACAUAUAUGGCUGGUAGCUUGCAGAGUAUUUUGCAAUCACAUUCUUGUUGUCAUGUACCUUUAUAACACUAUUUGAUGAGAUGCAUACAUAUACUCUAGUGCACAUGAUGUGAAGUACAUUCUUUAGAGCUACAAAGCGUGUGUGAUGAUAUAAUUGACUUCAUGAGACCAUUUGUAGACACCAGUUUUUGAUAGUAGGAAAGGAAAAAUAUGACUUUUCUAUGAUAAAUUGCAAGUAAGAUUGCAUGAUCAGAGAACAUUGCAGUUAACAGAAAACUUAUUUUAAGCCCUGGCUUUGUCAGCUAAACUUUCUACAAGUUGUAAUGUUGGUCUACAAGAUGUGGUAUGUUGUGUUAUAUAUAGGGAACAAAAUGUAACUUUGCACAAAUCAAAGAAGUUACUCUCUCUACCCAUCGUAGUCGUACAAGUUUGUAGCAAUGUUGUGUAUGAACUUUUUCGUAAGAAGGAAGUAUGUGACUGUUUUCCCAAUGGAAAAUCAGAUAAGUUCAGGUUCAGUAAUUGUUUCCCCAGUGUUACCACCAUGCAAGGACAGUUCAAUGAAUAUUUCAGAUCAAGCACUUAUGGUUAUAUUGUAGAAGGCUGCAAUUGCACUUGUAUAAUGAGAUAUUACAAAUCUCUACAGCCCACCUGCCUUAAAAUUUUCAUUCCAUAAAAAAUGCUGUGUAUGUGAUUUGACAAUUAUACAUGUAAUAAUAAUUUUUCUGUAUUUAUAAUAAGGUAUUGGUCAUUGGUGAGUUUAAGUGGUGUUUGAGAAACCAGCUACAAAAACAGAUCUAACAUUCUAUGUCUAUCAGUCAUCAUCAUCUUUAGUACCACUUAGCUUGGUAUGUAUGAUAGAAAUAUGAUAAAUCAGGUUGACUGGAAGUUGGGUGGAUUACAUAUAUUAUCAUAUUGUUUUAUAGUGUCAUGUAUGACACUGCAGUAGAUUGUGCACAACUGUGAUGUGCUUUACUUUUAG